AUGCUUGCUGGAAAGUCUUCGAACGUGUAUCCAAGCUUCGACGGGAAGGGUCAAUUUUCAAGGAUUUAUGGCCCUUUGUACAUGGCGGCAAACCCUCAUGAUGUCGUAGGUUUCUAUCGCAUGGCCUUGGAGAGUUACCAUUACGCACCGCGCGAUCGUCGAAAUGACCAAGUUGUCUACAUGAGAAAACCAUGCAGGACACUGCCAAAGUCAGUAUAUUUAAACCCCACGGAUCCGUUCUCAAAACUUCCACUCGAACUCAGGAACAUGAUUUUAUUCAAUCUCCAAGCCAAAGACAGCGUGGGCCUCCGUUAUGUAUCUCGUGGAUUUCGGCCAACUAUCUCAACAGGUCUUUCGACAUCUGAUUCUCAAAGAGACUUCCAUAAUUUUGGGAAGUCGAUUAACUUCAACGAUGAAAUUGGAACAAGCCUGAAAGACGGGAUAUUGGAAGUGGGGAGCAGAGCGAGAGUUUGGGAGUUGGUCGAGGGAAUCACAGAAAAAAUUGGGAAGGUUGAGAGUGUCAAGCAGCCCGCAAAAGAGAUACGAUCUUGGAGACGAGGAGGAUCAUCUUCCUAUGGACCCACCAUAAAGAAAAUGGAAAAUGAUUAUUAUAAUAAAGAGUUUGCUUGUCUCGACUGUCGAACUUAUCAGAUUGAGAGGAUGGCGGACGAUGAGGAGAUGGAAGAUCAGGAUUAUUAG